GGGUACCAGCUUGCUUCAGCAGCGCAGCCGGUGGGGCCCGGGGCUAGGAGAAGGAGAAGGAGUCAGCUUGCCGGAAUUUUGCAGGUCUGCAGGUCUGCAGGUCUGUUGUUCAUAGCAGUGCGCAGGGCUAGAAAAGGCGAGGAAGAAACUGACCGGAUCAGUACGGAAGUAGUUUUCAAAGAAGAAUAAGCAGAAAAAAAGAAAGGAAGAGGGAACAGAAGGAAGAGAGACAGAUACAAGAUGAAACCCUGUCAAAAGAUUGAAGGAAAACCAGAAAAUGAGAGUGAACCAAAACUUGAGGAAGAGCCAAAGCCUGAGGAAAAGCCAGAGGAGGAGGAAGAGCCAGAGGAGGAGGAAAAAACAGAAGGAACUUUUAGAGAAAGGCUGAUUCAGUCUCUCCAGGAAUUUAAAGAAGAUAUACACAACAGGCAUUUAAGCAAGGAAGAUAUGUUUAGAGAAGUGAAUGAAUUAGACGAGAUAAGGAGAGUAAGAAACAAACUUAUAGUGAUGCGUUGGAAGGUUAAUCGAAACCAUCCUUACCCCUAUUUAAUGUAGUUUACCUUGAUUUUUAUUUUUUCUGAUGUUAACAUUACUUUCUUUUGAUUUGCGU